AUGUCUGUGCGCAGGACAGCCGACUGGUUGCUCCGUCGCGCCUCCUUCUCCCUUCAUCUCACUCCAAAGAACUCGAGAUCAAAGAUGGGGAUCAAUUGGAUCCUCCUCAUCUCGCGGCAAGGCAAGGUUCGCCUAGCCAAAUGGUUCACAACGCUCAACCCAAAGGCCAAAGCAAAGAUAGUAAAGGAUGUCACCCAACUCGUCCUAGCUCGACGCACUCGCAUGUCCAACUUCCUCGAAUUCAGAGACUCCAAACUAGUCUAUCGCCGAUAUGCUUCCCUCUUCUUCGUGGCCGGAAUCCACCAAGACGACAAUGAGCUUGCGACGCUCGAGAUCAUUCAUCGUUACGUCGAGGUGUUGGACCGCUACUUUGGGAAUGUGUGCGAGCUGGACUUGAUCUUCAAUUUUCAAAAGGCUUAUAGCAUCCUCGACGAACUCAUCAUAUCAGGCGAGAUGCAAGAGUCAUCAAAGAAGUCGGUACUGAGAGUCGUCAGCCAGAGUGACGCCAUUGAAGAUCAGGAGAACAGUGAGGAUGGGUUGGCGAGGAUUGGCAGCAGGAGUGGGUAG